AUGCCCGGACAGAAGAUUUGGCUGCGCGCUGAGACCAAGCCCGCCGAGGCUCGGUCUGCCCUGACCCCGACCACUUGCAAGGCAUUGAUGGAUGCUGGAUACGAAGUGACAGUCGAGCGCUCUACCCAGCGCAUCUUUGAUGAUGAGGAAUUCUCCAAGAUCGGUGCUCCUCUUGCUGAGGAAGGUUCGUGGGUCAAGGCUGCGCCCAAGGACGCCGUCAUUCUCGGCCUAAAGGAGCUUCCUGAGGAUGACUUCCCUCUGGAGCACGUCCACGUUACCUUUGCUCACUGCUAUAAGAAACAGGGUGGUUGGGAGCAGGUUCUGAGUCGAUGGCCCCGUGGAAACGGUCUCCUACUGGACCUGGAGUUCCUUACCGAUGAUGUUGGCCGUCGCGUUGCUGCUUUCGGUUUCUCUGCCGGUUACGCUGGCUCUGCGCUGGCUGUUAAGAACUGGGCCUGGCAAUUGGCCCACCCCGAGGGUACUCCUCUGCCCGGUGAGGUCCCUUAUGCCAACCAGGGCCUCUUGAUUGAGUCCGUUCGGGAGACCGUCGAGGUUGGCAAGAAGAUCGCCGGUCGUGCCCCUAGAAUUCUUGUCAUUGGAGCUCUUGGCCGCUGUGGCAAGGGUGCCGUUCAGCUCGCCAAGGAUGUGGGCAUUCCGGAUGAGAACAUCAUCCAGUGGGAUAUGGCCGAGACCAAGAAGGGCGGUCCCUUCAGCGAGAUCGUUGAUGCUGAUAUCUUCGUUAACUGCAUCUACCUCUCCGACCCCAUCCCUCCCUUCGUCAAUGCCGAGACUCUUUCCUCCCCGAGCCGGAACCUGUCCGUUGUCUGCGACGUCAGCGCCGACACCACUAACCCCCACAACCCCAUCCCUAUCUACUCGAUCACCACCACCUUCGACAAGCCUACUGUGCCGGUCACUCUGCCUGCCGGUACCCAGGGCCCUCCUCUCAGCGUGAUCAGCAUUGACCACCUGCCCUCCCUUCUGCCCCGUGAGAGCUCCGAGAUGUUCAGCGAGGCUCUUCUGCCCAGCCUUCUCCAGUUGAAGGACCGCACCACCUCCCGGGUGUGGAAGCAGGCUGAGGACCUCUUCAAGGAGAAGGUCGCUACUCUGCCCGAGUCGCUGCGUGCUUAG